CGAGCGGCCUCGCUCGCACCCCUCCCCGUAGAUGUACAAGCAGAUGGAAGGGUGGCUCUGCUGAGAGAUUCGGCCGUCUAUAAAGGUCGCUCGAGGUCCUCGGCCGGCCUGACUCUUGAUGCAGCUUUCACCAGCCCAACAUUCUCGACACACAAACUCCCCUUUCAGACCUUGACUAUUGUCCAAGCCGAGAAAAUGAAGGCUUUCUCCGUCCUUGCCCUCUUCGCCGCCGUCGCCAUGGCGGUGCCUGCUGCUGAGUCCGUCAACGACCUCGUGGCUCAGGGCAAGCUCGAGCGCCGCAGCUGUGCGGCCAACUGCUACUGCGACAGCGGCCGCUGCUACUGCGACAACUGCUACCCUGGCGGCUGCAACUGGUACUACGACGGCGAGACCUGCUAGGUCUGAUCCAGUCGGUCCUCUGCCUCGUCUUCCCCCUCGGAGAGACACCCGCGGCAUGCCAAGUGGGGGGCUUCUACAAGAGCGCAAGAGCGUCAAUCCGAAAUGGAAUCUGGGGGAUGGCAGAUACGGUCAGAGGCGCCAAUAGGUCCGAGGGGAAACGUAGGGGAGAGGGUUCGUAGGUGGCAUAUUGCUGUCUGGUAGAAACAGUUCUUCCAAGACGAUUUCUCCUUCGCAACUAUGCGGACCUGGAAGUGACCCUGGCGGCGUGAAACGUUCUCGACCAAAGGAACCUUGACUUCCACGUUGCCUACCCCCCUUGGUAGCGACGCAAAGGACGCGGUUCUUCGCCCAUCCGGAGCUGUGCACGUGGCAAAUAGAUGCACUACUGCAUGUG